AUGGUGAAUUUUCAAGGCAAUACUACGGUUCCUACUAUACCUGAGAACCCCUUAUCUCCUCGAAUCAGUAAUAAUAGUAACGGCUAUUCGACACUUCAUAGAAACAAUUCGGUGACUUCUUUCACGUCUUUCACAUCUUUGACUUCAAAUAACACCACAAUCUCAACAGCCACUGCUGCAACAGGUUCCACAUCUAAAGCUCUUUUGAAGAAACAACUUCUAACCAGAGACUUGGAGAGAAAUAUUCGUAAAUCUCUUUUGGAUACUCCUACCAACUUACCAGUGGCUUCGGAACAUCCUCAAGAGGAACAGGUUUCACUAGAACUGAGAGCCAACUCAAUAACAAAAUUGGGCCCUGCUGCUACAAAUCAUUUAAAUCGCCGUAGACAAGGUGGUGGAAUAUCUGAUUCUGACGAUCAUUUGGCUAUGAAAUCUUCAAGUUCGAAGUCUUCGAGUACCAAAACUUUAAGUACUCCUACUACAAGCAUUAGUGAGGAUAUCCCAGAUUCCGAAGACUCCAAGCCUCCGCCAACUAUUCACAUUCCGAUUAAUGUUGAUACGGAAGAUACAGUUCAAAGUUCAAGAGAAACGACCGGUAUGAUGAGCCAUCCGGGAACAGAUCUUAGUUCCAUUUCUGAGGAAGAGAAAUCAUUACCUUUAUGUGAAUCUACUAAAAUCCAUGACAAUGAUGAAAUGAAUCGUCAUUUAUCGCUUAAAAAAUCAUCAACAACUCUGGAAGUUGCCAACCCUUCGCUACAACGUGAAAAUAAAGUCACCCAAAGAUCUUCAUCCUCUUCAACAUCUUCGGACAAUUUUCUUCGAGAUAGUGAAGUGGACUCCCCUUCUACAUCUUGUUCUAAUGCUUCUGUGGAUGCCAAUCUGCAAGGUUCAACAACCCUUCACAUUAGUAGUCGCGUGAACAAUUCUAGGGGUGGUGCUAUGGGAACUCUGAUGGAGCCUUCUCCUCCACAAACCACGUUCAAUUUGGACUCCAUCGUCAACAGUCUCCCCACUCGAUUGAAAAGUUUGAGUGGAGAUUCUAUGAAUCGUACAUCUUCCAUUAGACUGCUUAUAUCUCAUCGUCAACGGCGACCCAAAUCAGAUAGUUUAUCCGAAGACCAAGCUUUUGGAAGUUAUAAGGAUUUAACAAAUAUGGAAAUUUCCAAUAGCGACGUACCUGAAAGAAGACGUCCAUUAACCUCAUGGAAAGGUGAUCGUUCUGCGUUGUCUUCUAUAAUAAAUCGCCAUUCAAAAUAUAUGAAGUUUGUCAAUGAUGCUGGUUGUCAUGAGUCAGAUGAAGAUUCCUCUGCUACUUCUUCACCCAAAUCUCGUUUGGAUUUCAUAUUGGACCAAUUAGAACUGAUGGAUGAUAGCGAAAUUGCAGAGUUAUACAAGACUGGUGAGCUAGAUUGGUUACAUGAACACGGCAUUGAUCCGGAAUCCAUAAUUCCUCGACCUAUCCUAGUUGCCCAAGACAGUAGUUAUGAAGAUGAUCCUCCAAAACUAUCUUCUACAAGUCAAACAGCAGAUCAUACUGGAACUGCUGCUUUUAUUGCUCGUGCUGGUCCAGUUUUAAGACAAUAUGCUCCUGCUCCUCCCAGCUCAAGCAUAUCACUGACAUACCAUACCGCAGAUCCGUCACCUCUGACGGAAAAGUUUGAAGAUAAAGAUGAUUCUAACAAGAAUUACACUGAUUCACCCAUCCGUGAUCCCAACAGUUUCCCCAAUCCUUCUUUGUUGAGAACUCCAAACAAUUAUAGCCAGGAAAGUCCAUCUACAUUGACACCAUCAACGUUAAUUGCUUUGGAGGAGGCACCAAUGCUUAAUAUGAAGCAAAGUGAUGCCCCAGAAAGUAGAAAGACUUCUCCUUUAAGGACAAGGAAUAUUUUAGCAAUACAGAGGGAAGCAAGUGCUGAAAGAAAGCCUCACGAAGUCAUUGCAAAAGAAGCAACAACCAAAUCUUCGCUUGAAACUGAAGGCAUUGAAGCCGAAACAAUCAAACCAUUAUACCUAAAGUAUCGUAACCGUUCCGACGGAAGCGGGUCCAAGUCAGCAUCUGAGAAGCCUGAAUGUGCACCAUCUAAACAAUCUACAACUUUUAAUUCCCAAGAUAUAGUCCUUGCUGAACUGUUCAAAGGUGAACAAGAGACCAGCAAAGCUCUGAAAGAGUUUGACUUUGACGAUGAUGAAGAGAUUGAUGAAUUUGUUGAAGAGGACGUUUUACAUGACAGUAGUCUGGAUUUAAGACCCUCCUCAUUAACAUUACCCCCUUCUCCAUUCAACGGACCUUCUCUUCCUGAAUUUAAUCUUGUGAAAAAGAAGUCAAUCAAGUCUGUUCUGACAUCAGAUUUAACUGCUCCAAAUAGAUUUUUUGUCGAAGGAAAGCUUGCCUUAAAGAAUUCAUCCUUGACUUCUUUGGAUAGAGUUCAAAACGAACGUAGUUUGAGCAAAGAUUUGGCACUAAUGGAAAAUUCAACUCCAAUCAGGCAAUUAUUAAAUGAUGAUAGUCUCAGUAUUGAUGGUGCUCUGUUGCCCCCUCCAACACCUCCACCAAAGGACUCACCCACGUACAAGGAGCUUGCACGGAAGGUAAAGAAGCAAAGACGUAGACAACAGAAGGAAGCUGAACGGAAGAAACAAAAGGAACAAGAAGCUCUUGAUAAGUUGGAAAAUCGUGUUGCGUCUUCGAAAGGUUCCUCUACUCAAAAGGUUACACUGAAGGCACCUGAAGAUCGUAAAGUUAAACGGAAGCAAUCCCAUAAUAAUUUCCUUAGUGAAUUUGAGAAGCCCAGACCUUCCAAUGACGAGGCAAUAAAUAACCAUUCACCUCUGCCAAUUACUCCUAAGAAGUCUAAGCAAGUUGCUAGUUCAUCUGAGAAGGCUGUCGAGAAGUCUCUAUCAAAAGAAAAGGAUAUUCAACCUCAGUCUCACAAGACAGUUGAUGUACCCUCCCAACAACGUGUAGCUUCAGUUGAUAACGGUAAGAAUGCAGUAGACGAUAUUUCACAGCCUGCAAAGAGCUCCAAUUCAGCGAACAUUGACGUUAUGAAGAACUCCAAAUCGGAGAUCAGUGAUAUAUCUUUGCUUUCCAAAGAGUCAUUUACUGAUGCACAAGCUGAACAACAACAUGGUAUACAAAGUGCUCCAAGAUGUUCACUGCCUCCAGUUGUUAAGCCAUUUAGUGUUAACCCCUACAACUUACCCAACAAUAGUGACACCAGAGUUGCUGGUUUUGAUUAUGGUACGCCAUACAAGAAUGCAGCACUAGCUAGAGCAAAAAGACUGGAAGUUGAGACAUUACCUGAUCCGACUAUUGAUAUGAAAUGUGAAGUUGUAUCAUCUGCUCUUCCCAAGGAACCACCAAAGGAUGAGCUGGUUGCUUCCAUUCCAAACGAGGUGGUUUCACAAACUUCUAAAAUAAUUUCUCCAACGUCUGAUCAACCUAAUGCUGUUUCUUUAGCAGUAACAAUACCCAAAAAGGACUUUACAAAGCAAGAUGUCACUAAGAGCGAGGUCAAAGUCGAAACUCCACCCACGGACGAUGAUGUUGUUCCAUCCACACCCAUGAAGCUGUCGGAUUUUAAAACUUCUCCUGUCAGCUCUAUGAUUGAUGCCGUUACACCAACAGAAUCUCCCCAGAUACCAUUAAGACGAAGGGCUCCUGGUUUAACUCCAUUACUUGCAACCUCUGAAUCCUUUAUGAACAGGCCUCCUCCUCCUGAAACUGAAAGAAAGGUAGCUAUUCCAUCAACGACGCAAGAACCUCAAACUUCUUCAGCCAACGUUACGAAGCCUCCGAAUGCUAACAGCGCAGACGUGAAAAUAGCUACUACAAGCACCACCGGCCGCAAGCCACCACCACCUAUCAGUACAGAGUCUUCAGCUGCUCGGAUUGAAGUAAAACAUGCUCCUACUACCCAAAAGCAGGGCUUCUUGGAAAAGAAGCCAUCCAAAGGCAGCUUCACGUCAUCUGAUCCGCCUGAAAAGCCAAAGAAAACAUUUAAAAAUGUUUUCACAAAGAUAUUCAAGAAGAGUGGCAGCAAGUCUAAUAUGUUUGAGGUAGUCGAACCUCCACCAAGGCAUUCACACAAACAGCAUAAGGAGGAAGUAGAUAAUGAAGCAGAAAAUGAACAAGCUGAAGAAGAAACAGAGGAAGAAAAGAGUCUUACUACUCAAAAUCUAUCACUUUCUUUACCCCCUUUAGAACUUGAAUCUCCCAGUUUAUUUGAUGACAUGUUUACUACUUUUGAUGAGAUAGAUAAGCGGAAAUCAUUUCUUACCGGAGGGGUCAAGCCUCCUUCCAUAGUUCCAACCAGGUCUGGACUGACUCGACAACCGUUUUUCUUCAGAGACGAUGAAUUAUCUACAGACCAAAUCAUGGACCAACAAUUGAAGGACGACAAGGACAAUGGAAUCUCCAGUGAAGCUUCCAAGAAUAACAGUGAAGAAGAUUUAUUUCAUGGCAAGCACAGCGCCAAUGCCAAUGGUGGAGAUUUCCUUGGGAAAGAUAUACUUGGAUCUUUAUCUUCAUUACGUAAACCUGUUUCGACCAAUAGCAAAGGUGCACCUACAGACUCCGUUUACAUUGAUGAUAAUAUUCUUUUCUUACAGAACGAGUUUAACUGGAAGAACCUCAGUUUAGAAGGGGAAACAACCACCACCACUUCCUCAAGAUUACAUCCUAUGGAGCAGCAACCACCAAGGUCUCCAUUAACAGAGACACUUGAAAUCCACGAUGUAAGCCAAUUCGAUGAUGGUAACAGCUACUUGAAGCUUGCUAAGCAGUUCAAAGUCGAGAUUACCAAGGGAGAACCAUUGGAAGUCAUAGUGAAUAAGUUUGAGGACGACGUUACUUAUAGACCCGUUCCUCCAAGCGAGGUUCGUGAUGGACUCAAGCCGAUCUUAUCUAAGAGGUCUAAGAUAGGUGUGUCUCCUAAUCCGGCUUUAAUGAACCGAAGUCAUAGCUACAACAUUAAUUUGGACUACAGACAGAAACCAACUCCUAUAAGCAACAAUAACAACAACAUCAACAAGUCUGUUCAGUUCGAUAGAAAGAUUCUUAUCAACGAAACGUUUGCUCCAGACCAAUACAGAAGAUACAACAAGUGUGUGACUCAAUAUACCUUAACUGAUCCCAAUGAGAUCAACAAAAUCAAAGACGAAUUGAACACUUACAAAUGCAAUGAGAUGUUGAUCCAUAAUCACAGUAAGAAAUACACCCAUUUCUUCUACUGA